AUGGCCCUGGGGGCAAUGUUGGCACAAGAAGUAGAGAAUCUGGAGAGAGCCAUCUAUUACAUCAGUAAGAAACUCCUUGCUUAUGAGGAGAAUUAUUCACUAAUAGAAAGAACCUGUCUAGCUGUAGUAUGGGCAACUAAGAAGUUAAGGCACUACUUUCAGACCCAUCGAGUUAUUGUAGUAUCCCGGAUGGAUCCUUUAAAGUACCUAUUUGAAGUACCGACGCUAGUUGGAAAAUUGGCCAAAUGGUUGGUCCUACUGUCUGAAUUUGAUAUUGUGUAUGAGACUCGAAAAACCAUUAAAGGGCGUGUAGUGGCCGAAUUUCUUUCUGAAAAUCCAGUUAAUGAAGGGGAAGAAGUCGAACAUUUUCCGGAUGAGAGUCUCAAGCUAGUAGAGGUCCAGCCAUGGAAAAUGUACUUUGAUGAGGCCAUGAAUAAGAGCAGAGCCGGUAUAGGGGUAGUUUUGGAAGCACCGAAUGGAGAACAAUUAUUAAUGUCAAAAAGGCUAUGUUUCCCAACCACUAAUAAUAUAGCAGAAUAUGAGGCUUGCAUUUGUGGCCUGGAGGCAUUAAUAGCUGUUGGGGCUAAAAAAGUGGAGGUGUUCGGAGAUUCAAUGCUAGUGGUUUCCCAUGUUAAAGGUGAAUGGGAAUUGAAAGAAGAAAAGUUGAGGCCAUACCUGGAGUAUGCUAAGAAACUAUUAUUUAGCUUUGAGGAAGUGACAAUGAAGCACAUGCCUAGAGCUCAGAACCAGAUAGCUGAUGCUCUAGCCAUGCUGGCAUCCUUAUGGGAGAAGGGUGAUCAGAAGCUGACCCAGCCAGUUAUCUUGAUGAGGAGUAGAAUCCCAUGCUAUGAAGGGUUAAUAAUAGCACAUUUAGAUCUAGAAGAUGAGAUGAAAUGGUACGAGGACAUAAGAAGAUAUUUAGAGGUAAGAGAAUACCCACAGUCAGCCAAUAGUAGGGAUAGAGCUACAAUUCGUAGAUUAGCCACUCAGUUCACUUUGGCUGGGGGGCAACUCUACAAAAGGUUCUUCGAAGGACUAUUGCUCUUGUGUGUGACGAAAAAGCAGUCUGAGCAGAUAAUGGAGGAAGUACAUGCAGGAGUGUGUGGUCCUCACAUGAACGGAAGGGUAUUAGCAGGCAAAAUUUUAAGAUUGGGCUAUUACUGGUCUACCAUGGAUACUGACUGCGCUAAAUUUGUGAAAAGAUGCCAUGAGUGCCAAAUCCAUGGGAAUUUGAAUCACCUACCGUCCAGUGAACUCUACAGCAUGACUUCACCGUGGCCAUUCUCAAUAUGGGGCAUAGACAUUAUUGGGAAGAUUUCUCCCACGGCUUCUAAUGGCCAUAGAUUUAUCAUUGAUGAAACUAGGCAAGAUGCCUAUGAGAAUGCUAAGAUCUUCAAGGAUAAGACAAAAAAGAUGGCACAACAGGCACAUAACCAAGAAAGAAAUCAAGGAAGGAGACCUUGUCUUGCUAUUCAACUCAAGGUUAAAGCUCUUCCUAGGAAAGCUGCGGUCAAGAUAGUCCAGGCCCUUCAAGGUCACUCAAAUCUUCCAGCAUGGAGUAGUAGAAGUAUGGAGCAAAACCUCCAAUACCUUCAAGGUUAUUAG